ACCUGAACUUCUUACACUCGAUCUUUCUUUCUUGUAGGUUGUGGAUAUGAAUAUUGAGGGUGAAAAGAUGUUGCCAAUAGUUGCAGGCGAAGAGCUGCUGGAAGCGCAAGCCCACAUAUGGAACCACCUCCUCAACUUCAUCAACUCCAUGACUCUCAAAUGCGCAGUUGAACUAGGCAUACCAGACGCCAUCCACCACCAUGCCCCUCGCCCUAUGCCUCUCUCUCGUCUUGUUUCAGCCCUCCAACUCCAUCCGAAUAAGACUCACUUCAUAUAUCGCUUAAUGCGUCUAUUGACUCACUCUGGCUUCUUUGUCCUACAAAAACUGCCCAAAAAUAGUGGCGAAGAAGAGGAAGGAUAUGUCCUAACCAAUUCAUCUCGUCUUCUUCUUAAACACAAUCCUUGUGGUGUAGCACCUUUCUUACUUUCCCUACUCCAACCAGCCCUCGUGGAACCAUGGCAUCUCCUCUCUGUCUGGUUCAAAAGCAAAGACCGAACGCCAUUCGAUAUGGCUCAUGGAAUGUCGUUUUGGGAGUUCAUGGGCAGUAAGCCGAAAGAUGGUGACAUUUUUAAUUCAGGCAUGGCGAGUGAUGCAAGGUUGGUGAUGAGUUUGUUGUUGGACAAACAUAAAGGAGUCUUUGAUGGAGUUGCCUCGCUAGUUGAUAUAGGUGGCGGCACUGGAACAGUGGCCAAAGCCAUUGCAGAGGCUUUCCCACAAAUUGAAUGCACAGUGUUUGAUCUUCCCCAAGUGGUGGGUGAGUUGAAAGGUGAAGGGAACUUAAGAUAUGUUGAAGGAGAUAUGUUUAAAGCUAUCCCUCCUGCCGAUGUUCUUGUGUUGAAGUGGAUAUUACAUGAUUGGAAUGAUGAAGAUUGUGUGAAGAUAUUAAAGAAUUGCAAAGCAGCAAUCACAAGCAAUGGAAAGAAAGGGAAGGUGAUCGUAAUUGAUAUGGUGGUAGGCAGCAAGCUGGAGGAUACGUUCAUUCAAUCUCAGUUAUGCUUCGACAUGGAGAUGAUGAGUUUGGUAAAUGGAAGAGAGAGAGAUGAGAAGGAGUGGAGUGAAGCAUUCAAGGAAGCUGGAUUCAGUGGCUACAAUAUCUUUCCCAUACUGGGUUUGAGGUCUCUGAUAGAAAUUUACCCAUGAGGGUAUUGUCUACCGACCCUUAUCUAAGGUUUCUUCGAUUACCCUUUUGGCUAAUAGGAGUCUCGAGCAACUUUAUGUGUAUUUGAAUUUGAAAGUUUAAUUGAAUAAAAGGAUUUCUAGAAA